UUGACAAGAGUUCUGGGAGAGGAAGUCCUGGAGACCCAUUUGGAGACUCCUGGGGACUUUGGGUUCCACAAGAUGAGAUGAGGAACCAGGCGAGGAGGAACUGGAGUGGAGGCCAGAAGCAUCCGAAACUUUGGGGAGGACUUCUCAAGAGCCUUUGGAGGAGCUGAAGGACUCCAUUCGUUGCUGCUAACUGUUCAACUCAGGGAUACCAACCACUACCUUAUUUCUUUGCCCAUCUGAGCUCCUGUUUAUUCUUGGUGGAGCAGAGGCUCCUCCUGGUUUCUGAGUCCAACCAUGGCUUUCUCCCAGGUUCAGUGCCUGGACAACAGCCACGUCAACUGGAGAUCCAGCGAGUCCAAGCCCGAAUUCUUCUACAGCGAGGAGCAGAGGUUGGCCUUAGAAGCCCUGGUAGCCAGAGGGCCGGAGGCCUUCUACGAAGUUCUCAAGAAGGAGAACAUCCGAGACUUCCUCUCCGAGCUGGAGCUCAGGAAAGUCCUGGAGAACUUGGAAACAUACGACCCUGGAGCGGAGCAUCCCCUCAAGGACAGGAGUGGCUGUGUGGACAGUGGCAGCCAGACCGAUGACGAAGGCCCCGGGCCUUCUUUGGAAUACUGGCCGGAAAGAUCUGACCGAUCCAUCCCGCAACUGGACCUUGGCUGGCCGGACGCCAUUGCUUACCGUGGGGUGACCCGGGCAUCUGUCUACAUGCAGCCCCCCAUUGACUGCCAGCCCCACAUCAAGGAGGUCGUGCGCAAGAUGAUCUUCCAGGCUCAGAAGGUGAGGAGUGGGGGGGGGGGUGUAGAUGUCCCCUGGACCAACCUCAACAUCUCAGGCGCUUCCUGGAAGCAUCUCCGCAUCGGCACAAUUGGGGGCACGGAGUUUUUCACCCGCUCCGCCAUGACGUUCAAGGGAGCCUUGGCUCAGAAGUUCAUGUUUGUGGAUGGGGACAAAGCCGUGUGUGGCUCUUACAGCUUCACCUGGUCAGCUGCCCGGACCGACCGGAACGUCAUUUCCGUCCUUUCGGGCCAGGUGGUCGAGGCCUUCGACAAGCAGUUCCAGGAGCUGUACCUGAUGUCCCGGAGCGUCACCCUCAAGUCCAUCCCCAUGGGAGAGGAACCAGAAGCCGAGCCGGUCAUCCUGCCUUCCGUUGUCUCCCUGACCCCAACCAACUCCGUGGUGAAGAAAAUGAUCAAUCCGAAAUAUGCUCUGGUCAAGGCCAAAAGCACCGAGCAGGCGGUCAGCAGCAAAGCCAGCAGUGAGAAGGCCCUGGCUGAACAGCGUCCAGAAGCCCAAGGCAAGGUCAUCCCCGAGGACCGCGUGUCCGAGAGGCCCAGCAACCUCGUGGAGAAGGUGCCGACCAUCCACCCGGGUCUCCUCAACCUGGAGAAGGCCAACAUGUUCGAGUACCUGCCCACUUGGGUGGAGCCCGAUCCGGAACCCGGAAGCGAAGUUCUGGGCUACAUCAACAUCAUCGACCCCAAGGUGAAGAACAUCCAGCUUUCUCAGAUCAACCGCAUCAAGGUGUGCGAUGUCUCCAAGGCCAACGCCCAACACAGGUUGCUCCUCAAGCAGCAAAAGGCCCUCGAGGCCAAGAACAGAGCUGCCCAGGAAGGGGCCACAGAGAAAGCGCCCCAGACUUCUCCCCCACCCCUGCUGGGAUCUGCCCCUUCUCCAGCCCACGACCAGCCGCCUCCUUCCAAUCCCUUGGCCACCAGCCCCAUGGAGAAGUCUCCCAGGCACCUGGUCAACGGGGAGACGAUUGCCACUCUGGCCAACAACAAGCACUUGAAGCAAAUGCUGGACCCCCAAGNCUUCUUUCUUGACCUGGGGGCGAUGGAGCUGGAGAGUCAAGAUUUAUUGCCAUGCANAGUGCCCAAGCCGAGGAGGGCCCACGCAAAGGACCCCGUCUCCAAGAAAGCAGGACCCGCAGAGGAGAGAACGGGGAGGCCGGAAGGCCCCGUGGUACACCAGCCAGGGACCACCCCUGCACACCCAUCCGCCAAAGAAGGGACCCCACAGGUUGCCCACGCAGGGAACCACCUCAAGGUGAGCACGGAAACGGCUGGGACGGAGGAAGGAAACGUCUUCCCCAUGAACGGGGUGCAGAGUGGUGAGGGGGAGGCGGAAGAGGACGAGGAGGAAGACUACGAGACCCCCAGGGACCACGGAAGCCUCUCCGGCAGCUCCCCUGCCCAUAGCUGCGACCUCUCCAACGCGUCCUCCGUCCACUCUGACAAACACGGGGGGGCGGCCCAGAUGUGCCCGCUGCGGAGGACCAACUCCGACUUCCUUCUCAACGGAGAGGGGCCCGGCCUUCACCACUUGCCACGGAAACUGAGUGAGCCCUACGUCAGCCGGGGAACCUUUGUAAGCCCCCUGGGGAGCCCCCCACCAAGGCUUACUCCGCCUCUGGAGGAAGCCGCUCAAAGGAGGAGGCGGAAAAGUGACAGCUUGGAGGAGACGAGGUGCGUUUGGGAAAGGGGCCACCCCCUGCAUGCUUUACCUGCUGGCUACAUUACCUGUACGAGCGAGGCUCCACAGGGGCCCCACCUCUUCUGCUAUGGAUCCCGGGUGCAAGUGUCGGCUGAGCGAGGCAAAAGCCGACCCCAACAGCGGAAAAGCUCCGAGGAGGACAAACGGCCACAAGACAGAACUGGGGCCAAGAAAGCCGUCCCAAGCCCAGCCAACCCCUUGGCCUGGCAAAGGAAGAACUUCACCGCUGCUAAGAACGCCCAGCCCGUCCCCGUCCCCCACAGAGGUGGCACAAGCACCCCGAGAGCCACUGGUCAGCCCCUGAUGCCACUCCCCGAAGGCCAGGGGUCAGCCAAAGAAACAAGGACUCCGCUGGGCAUCCCUCUGUCCAAACUCUCCCAGUCCAAGCACCUGAAGAGCAAGACCUCCCAGUGGGAGUCCAAACGGAAGCCCCCGGGGACCACCCACCCCAAGGACCAGUAAGGCCGCUGGAGGCAGCCGAAGGACCAAUGGAAUGGGGUGGAGGGGGGGGGGCGCUGGGCUGCUUUGCAAUUACCUGGUCAGUGCACCAGUACCAC